AUGCCUGAAGGAACUAUGAAAGCGCUCUGGUAUAACGCGCCUCGAGAUUUCGAAAUAAAACAGGUUCCCAUUCCGAAAGUUGGCGACGACGACGUUUUACUUAAAGGUGGGUCGCCCUUCUCAUUGCUCGCGCGACUCACAUCCCCUCUAGGAAUAUGCGGAACGGAUGGUCAUAUAGACCAGGGGGAAUUUAUUUCCAAGUUCCCGCUGAUCCCAGGCCAUGAAGCCAUUGGUUCUAUCGUGGAGAUGGGGAAGAACGUGAAGGGAUUUUCCAUUGGAGAUCGAUGCGUCGCGGACGUCGGGAUCACAUGCGAUAAUUGUUUCUACUGUCGCCGUGGGCAAUCACUGCUAUGCGAGGACUUUAACGCGCGGGGUGUCACUCAGGAUGGCGGGUUUGCUGAGUAUAUCGUCUACCAGCAGAAGAAGCUCUACAAGAUCCAUAAUUUAACAGAUGAAGAAUCUACGCUCCUCGAACCCGCCGCAUGCGCAAUCCACGGGCUGGACAAGCUCAACCCCCCCGUCGGGAUCGAGGUUCUCCUCCUCGGUGCCGGGCCAACCGGGCUCGUCCUCGCGCAACUGCUCAAAUUGAACGGUGCUUCCCGCGUGGUGAUUGCUGCGAACAAGGGCGUCAAGAUGGAUAUUGCGAAGCGGAUUAACGCUGCGGAUGAGUAUGUCGAGUUGGAUCGUCAGCAUCCGGAGGCGCAGUGGAAGAAGUUGAAGGAUGACAAUCCGCAUGGGUUCGAUGUUGUUGUGGAGGCGACUGGGGUUGAGAAAUUGGCGGAUGAGAGUAUUAAUUAUGUGCGGAGGGGUGGGACGUUGAUGAUUUAUGGGGUUUAUGAGAAUAAGGCGCUUGUUCAUUGGCCGCCCUCCAAGAUUUUUGGAGACGAAAUCAAGAUUAUUGGUUCAUUCUCUCAAACGUACUGUUUCCCUCGCGCUGUUGCAUACCUUGACGGCGGAAAGAUCAACGUCAAGGGUAUGGUGACUGAUGUGUUCAAACUUGACGAUUAUCAAGCAGCCCUGGACAAAAUGAACAGUAGGAAGGCGUUGAAAAUUGUUAUAAAACCAUAG